CCUCCACUUCGUUACUUUUCCUCGAUCUGAGAGAGGGAGUUGUUUUUUGGUGUCCAGAAUGGCUACCUUCAUCAAGCUUGAGGAUUCUCCAAUGUUUCAAAAGCAGUUAUUUUCUCUGGAAGAGACAGCUGAUGAGCUGAAAGAUCGUUGCCAAACACUUUACAAAGGCUGCAAAAAGUUUACGGAAGCUCUUGGAAUAGCAUGUAAUGGGGACACAACCUUUGCAGAUUCCUUAGAGGCAUUUGGUGGUGGAAAAGAUGAUCCAGUUAGUGUAUCCAUGGGAGGUCCAGUUAUAUCCAAGUUUAUCAAUGCAUUUCGCGAGCUUGUUACAUAUAAAGAGCUUCUUCGUUCCCAAGUUGAGCAUGUGUUAGUUGAUCGGCUGAUGCACUUUGUGAACGUUGAUCUACAAGAUGCAAAGGAAUCUCGCCGACGCUUUGACAAAUCUAGACAUGCUUACGAUCAGGCACGGGAAAAGUUUGUGUCAUUGAAAAAGAGUACACGAGAUGAUGUUGUAGCAGAACUAGAAGAGGAUUUACAGAACUCAAAGUCAGCUUUUGAGAGAAGCCGCUUCAAUUUAGUAAGUGCACUCAUGAAUAUAGAAGCGAAAAAGAAGUAUGAGUUCUUGGAAUCUAUAAGUGCAAUUAUGGAUGCGCAUCUCAGAUAUUUCAAGCUGGGAUACGACUUGUUGAGCAAAAUAGAACCAUAUAUACACCAGGUAUUAACAUAUGCACAACAAUCUAAAGAAUCAGCUAAUAUUGAACAAGAUAACCUGGCAAAACGGAUCCAGGAAUUCAGGACUCAAGCUGAGUUAGACAACUUGCAAGCUUCUGUUCACAUGGAGCCUUCGGCAAGUUCUGAUGGCAUUCAUGUUGGUGGUAUAAACUCUUGCAAAAACAUAGAAGCAAUAAUGCAGUCCAGUGUCAAAGGUGAGGUCCGGACAAUCAAGCAAGGGUAUCUUUUAAAGCGCUCCUCAAAUUUGAGGGGGGAUUGGAAAAGAAGGUUCUUUGUGCUCAAUAGUCAAGGGACUUUGUAUUAUUACAGAAAUAAGGGUAUCAAAGCCACGGGUUCUCACCAUUAUUAUACUGUCUCAGUUGAAAACAAUGGUGGUGUAUUUAGUAGAUUCCGUUCAAGGCACACUAGGACAUCAUCACUUGGUGAAGAAACACUGGGUUGCCGUACUGUUGAUCUUCGAACUUCAGCAAUAAAGAUGGAUGCAGAGGAUACAGAUCUACGGCUUUGCUUCAGAAUAAUUUCUCCAAUAAAAACAUACACAUUGCAGGCUGAAAAGGAAGCAGACAGGAUGGACUGGGUAAACAAAAUUACAGGAGUUAUUGCAUCCAUUUUGAACUCUGAUUUCCUGCUGCAGCCAUAUCCUAGAACAAAACAUCUAGACAAGAAUGAUUAUGCCGGUGGUGCUUAUGAUGUUAUAUCAACCUACAGUCCUCAUAGUUUAGAGAAUGACAUGAAAGCCAAUGAGCACAAGAGUGUUUCUGUGAUCCUUAGACAGAUUCCUGGAAAUGAUAUUUGUGCAGAGUGCAGUGCUCCUGAACCUGAUUGGGCUUCCCUUAAUCUUGGUAUAUUAUUGUGCAUCGAAUGCUCUGGUGUUCAUCGGAAUCUUGGUGUUCAUAUUUCAAAGGUUAGAUCUUUAACGCUGGAUGUCAAGGUCUGGGAAUCUACAAUCUUGGACUUGUUUGGUGCUUUGGGCAAUGCUUAUUGCAACUCCAUAUGGGAGGGAUUGCACCUACGUGAUGAUGGAAGAAAGGACAAAUCAAAUGCUAGUAUCACAUCAAUUAGGAAACCGUCUCCUAAAGACAUUAUUGGCUACAAGGAGCAGUACAUUUAUGCAAAGUAUGUAGAGAAAUUGCUAGUCAUCAAAGAUAAAACUGCGUCUCAAAAUCAAUCUCAAGCCACAAGCAUCUGGGAAGCAGUUAAGGCUCAAAAUUUGCAAGAAGUAUAUCACCUUAUUGUGACAUCGGAGGUGGAUAUCAUCAAUACCACCUAUGAUGAUGUGGUUGGUGUAGAUUUAUAUCACCAUGUCGAUGAUGCAGAAGAAUCAGAAUUUGAUGGCCAGAAAGCGAAAAGGAAAAAUUAUGAUCCUGCAGUUUGUCAAAGAAUCACCGAUGCCAAUGAUCCAGGGAUUUGUCUUCAAGGUUGUUCAUUAUUGCAUCUGGCAUGUCAUUUUGGCAAUCCUGUGAUGCUUGAACUUCUGAUACAAUUUGGUGCCAACAUAAAUUUGCGCGAUUUCCAUGGAAGAACUGCUUUGCACCAUUGUAUCUCCACAGGGAAUAAUCCAUUUGCAAAGCUCCUUCUUAGAAGAGGUGCUCGUCCAUCAAUAAAAGAUGGUGGGGGACUAAGUGCACUGGAAAGGGCAAUGGAGAUGGGAGCAAUUACUGACGAGGAACUAUUUAUUUUGCUUGCUGAAUGCUAGGGAGAUUUGACACGUAAUGCCUAAAUGUGUAACUUACAUCAAUCCCCUUCCUUUGUUUUUAUGAAAUAAAAUGUGUUAUUCUUGUGCUCUUUAAAUAAGAAAAUUUUCCAUUUGUUCUUUUCAUUAAUUUUUAUAAUGGUUACAAAUAAUAUUGUUCCCUCAAUUUGUAUUAGUUAUUUGAAUAAUGCAAAUUAAUUGUACUUGGAUGAAAUCUUA